UGUGUUUUACAAAAAGAGGAUUAGUGCUCUGAAUGUGUGAGUGUAGCGUUACAGUUGCUGUCAGCACGCUUCAUUUCGGACGAUCAGUCUCACACUGUCAAAUACAUACUGUACACCUUUUAUCUUCCACACACAGACAAAAUACCUGUGUGUAACAGCCUGCCUGAACAGACACAAACAGACACUCACAAUCUAGAAAUAGGUUUAAAUAAGGACCGUCAGAGAGACAUUGAGAAUUUACAAACACUUCCGUUCCGUCACUUUUCUCCGAUCCUGUUCAGCUAAAUUUGAUAUGCCAGGCGUUUCGCUAAUCUGCAUAUUUCCCAUAAUGCCAGAGGGAGUUCAUUUUUAAUCCCGCUGGCCAUGACGAAAGAGGAGGAGGAGGAUGGAUGGAAGGAGGCUAGAGAGGGAGCAGAGAGCUACUCUGACUGUGUUCAUCUUCUCAGCGGGGAUGAAAAGACAUAAAACUACAUAGGACAUGGGCUGCCUUCCUGCUUAAUUUUGGAUUUGCUUUUUCUAAUUUUCCUGGAUUUUGGUAGGGCUUGGCUCUUCAUCUCUAUAAUCGUCGAUUUAUUUGGGGUAAAUAGAGUUCAUGAGUAUGAGCUUUUUUAUUUCAUAACUGAGCUUCUUGUUUCUCUGUUGCGCUGUUGAGUCAAAAACAGUCUAAAACAUUAGUGUUGGGGGUCUUAUAUAGUUUUCCCUCUGUGCAAAGUGCUUUAAAAGAACAAAUGCACAUCAUUAUUUUUUGUUUAGUUGUUCCAUCUUGUAUCGCAUUGGUCUACUGUUAUCAAUAAUCAACUGCUGUCCGUCUCUCUGAGUAGCAUGGGAGAAAAUAGUGCUUCAAACUGGUGAUGUUUUCAUAAAAAAAAGGUGUUUAAGUAAGUAUGCUGGAAGUCAUGACAAGAUAAAUAGGACGGAGAGGUUUUUUUUUCCUUUUUUUGUGUUUUUUUUUUUAAUUCAAUGAUGCGUAGAACCACGUUGGCGCUCACUGAGUGUUGGCGCUCAGUGGAGGAAAACAGCUCCUCUGCUGGACAGAGAAGCUUUCUUGGACUUGCCUCAUUCUCCUUCAGAGACCUGUUUAAGACCAAAGAUCCACAGGUCUCCCUAAGUCUCAGGUCCAUGGAUGGAGUGAACAAAGUUGGAGAGCUGAAAGUGACCCGGCUACACAUGGAGGGUGAAGGUGUCGGUAAACAUGCCCAAGAACAAGAGCAGAGUCCAGCUCUGUGUGACUGCCUUCACUCCUCCAUCCAUGACAAAGAAAACAGUCCCAUGAUGAGAGCAGUUCUGUGUUCGCAGGUGUGUAAGCUUUACAGGUUUCAAACCGAGGACCAGCGGUGGCUGCUGGUCAGAGAACAAAUGUCCGAAACGCCGCUGUCUUUCUCUUUACCCAAGCAGCUCCUCAGCAAUCUCAUACAUGAGCUCAGGAGCCGAAUACACGAAAUAACAGAGCUUGGAGACUUGCCACCUCACUUGGACAAGCUGCGCCAAGAUGUCAUCAACCACUGCGACCUCCUCAUCACCAGUUAUCAGGAAACGCUCUGUGAACUCGAAAAACAUUUUGUUUCAUCGUCAUUCAAGUCAAGCCUUAGUAAGUCCGACCGACACCUCCAGUUUGUCCCGACAAACCUGCACUCUCAAAGGAUGGAGGUCACCUGUGCGGACAGCGCAGGGGUUUGGUAUGAUGUCAUAACUUUUGGUGCCCCAGCUGAUCACCACCAUGGUUUUAAGCAUGGUGGGCUAAAGAGGCUUCUCAACAAACAACCCAAGCCCUCAGACAGCUUGAUCUGCUACACUCAGGAGGAAAACUCAAGGGCAAGGGAGCUGCUGGUCAGUGUGGCCCAGCUGCAGCCUCUCAUCUUUGGACAUGCAGAGGAGCUGCUGUCUGUCUCACUGGAGCACAACACCAGUCAGCUGCUGCAGGUCCUGAACGUCCUGGUUCAACAGACCGAACAGUUUGUUCAUGCACUGAAAGACGAGCUGGUGAAGAGCGCUCUGAUGGCGAUGCACGAUCAACAGCAUGACUGCAGUGUCCAAAGCAACGGCCUCUGUGACAAUAUUACAGCCGAUCUUGAGGGAGUCAAUCCCGCCGGACACUGGGAGGCAGAAUAUGAUGAGGAGGAGUGGGACAGAGUUUGGGCAAAUGUUGCCAAAAGCAUCAACUGCAUCGUAGUGAUGGUUGACAGGAUCCAUGAUCGGGAAGAUCAGCCGCCAGUGAGGAUGCCAUCUGAGCAUCAGGAAGCCACGGAAGACUCCAGCUCACCAAAUAAUCCUCCCUCGCCAUCAUCCGCCUCCUCAGCGGCCUCGUGGCAGGAGUUGCUGCUCCCCCUGGUGGUGACGCUGCGGGAUUGUGUGCGCGAAGCUGUGACGAAGGCGAAAGCGGCAAUGGCCUUUGUGGUUCUGCAACGUGCAGUGGCUGCUACUGUUGCUAACGGACCAUCGCACCUCAUGCACCGGCGCCACACAGUCUUCAGUCAAGCGCUCCCAGCAGCCAUCUGUGGCUUCCUGCUGAAGCUCUACGGAGGUCUGGAAGACUCAAGCUUCUUGCAACAGCUGCACACUGUUGGGAUUCUUGUGCAGUUUGAGGGCCUUCUCAGCACUUAUGGUGACGAGCUUGGUAUGCUGGAGGAUAUGGAAGUCGGUGUCGGUGACCUCGGAGGAGUGUCAUUCACCAUCACAGAGGCAAAAACUGACCAGCCAAAAGAUAUGCUCCCUUCACUCCAUGGAGCCUGGGGCUCCUUUGUUGUCGACGUUCCAGUUCCCUCUGAAAUAUUUCAAGGGCUUCCACAAAAACUAAAAGAUGGAUGCUUGAUACAACUUCACCCAGUUCUCUUCAACAUCGGCAUCAACCAGCAGCAGAGUUUGGCUGAGAGGUUCGGUGACAGCUCCCUGCAGGAGCGAGUGAACCAGCUGAGCUGUGAGCGCCUGAAAGUUUACUGCAACAUGCUGAGAGACCGGCUGCCUGAAACUACUGACGAACACACACUCUCUGACUUGUUGACAUCCCUUGAUCGCAGCAUUGAGUCCAAAAAAAGGAAGAAUGUUGAAGUUCUCUGGCUUGCAUGUUUGGUGUGUAGAAAGGUGAAUGGCGUCCGUCUGACCAGCUGUAAGAGUGCAAAGGACCGUACAGCAAUGUCGGUGACGCUUGAGCAGUGUGUGUUGCUGCGGGAGCAACACACACUCAGUCAGCAGCACUUCAGCACCGCACUAGACUCCAUGAGGAGGUCUCGUCUGUCCUGGGGGCAGAUGCUCGGCUGCUACCCCAAGUCGCAGGCCACCGUCUCUGGGUUCGAUCUCACGGAGGAGCCCUUGACUCUGCAGAGCUCUUUGGUUCCUGAGUGCUUUGCUCCUAAAGCCCCCAGGCAACAUCUGUACCCAGUGGUCUUCCUGCUGGUGACCUCUCACCUGCUGGUCCUCUGGCUAAUUUUAAGCCUGGUUAUUAUGCUGUCCAGAUACCAGUAGGACCUAAGACUGAAAAGUUCAAGGAAGAAUUCUUAUUUGUUUGUGUUUGUGUAAUUAAUCCUAGAGUUUAACUGGAAGAUAAAUGUAACUAAAACACUUGCAAAAGGGGGCGUCUGUAUUUAUGCGUCCUUAUAAAUGUGUGUGGAUUAUUUGCUGCAGGGACGGCUGCAGGAUGGAGAACGUUGAGAAGAAUGUGGGAAACAGGAAGUUCGCCUUCAGUGGUGUUCAACUCCUCACCUUCCCCCGACUGUACCGACCUCCAGACGGAAGCUUUGGCUAAACACACACUGACGCCUUGUUUAUUUUUUACCUUAAAUUAAAAAAUAUAUAUAUUAUGAUGCAGGCACAUAUGUUUUAUAAAACACUUUUUCAUUAGUCCUGACCUGCUCCACUGUUUAUUAUGACGCAUGUUUGAUUUAUGGACUUUGUAAGUAAAGUAAAUGAUGACUGACACAAGGAUGCAUUAAAAAU